AACAAACGGCACCAUUCCAAUACUCCACUCAUCUCCCGACCAAAUUAUCCACACUCCCCCGAGCUCGCACGCCGCGGCCGGGCACCACCACCAUGGCCUCCGCCGCCUCCGCCUUCCUCUCCCUGCGCCUCCCCACGCCUUCCCCUGCUCCCGCUUCCUCUUCCCCGUCCAUCCCGCUCCCCCUGCUCAGGCAGGCGCGGGGCGGCGCCGCGUCGUCGGCGCUGGUGGCGCGGGCGGGGGCUCCGUCCCCGCUGUUCAACCCCAGGGCCGACCCGUUCCUGUCCACCCUCGCCGCCGCCUCGCCGGAAGAUCUUGCAGCCGCCUCGGGUGGCGCGCGCCGCGGCGAAGACCACCUGCCGUUCCUCGAGAUCUUCCAGAACGCCAAACUCAUGGCCUCGCCCGCGCAGGUGGAACGUUCUAGCAGUUCUUACAGUCAGCACAGGCCUAGACGACCUCCUCCAGAUUUACCAUCAUUGCUUCUUCAUGGCCGAAUUGUUUAUAUUGGCAUGCCGUUGGUGCCAGCAGUUACUGAGCUUGUGGUUGCCCAGUUGAUGUACCUUGAAUGGAUGAAUAGUAAAGAACCUGUUUAUAUAUACAUAAACUCGACAGGAACAGCUCGUGAUGAUGGUGAGCCGGUUGGCAUGGAGAGUGAAGGUUUUGCUAUCUAUGAUGCAAUGAUGCGGAUGAAAACUGAGAUCCACACACUUUGCCUAGGAGCUGCAGCAGGUCAUGCUUGUCUUGUCCUUGCAGCAGGAAAGAAAGGCAAACGCUAUAUGUUUCCUCAUGCCAAAGCUAUGAUUCAGCAACCUCGUAUUCCUUCAUAUGGAAUGAUGCAAGCAUCCGAUGUUGUUAUCCGAGCGAAGGAGGUUGUGCACAACAGAAAUACCUUGGUCAAACUUUUAGCAAGGCAUACCGGAAAUCCAGCGGAGAAAAUAGACAAGGUAAUGAGAGGACCAUUUUACAUGGAUUCCUUGAAGGCAAAGGAGUUUGGGGUCAUUGACAAGAUCCUUUGGCGUGGUCAAGAGAAGUACAUGGCUGACAUGCUCUCCCCAGACGAGUGGGACAAAGUUGCCGGAGUCAGACGUCCUGAGGGAAUGUGAUGUUGUACAUUGGAACUAAAUAUUUAGUUAGGCUCAGCUUGCAGGGGGUGAAAACAGCUGUCGCUGAACAAUAAAGCUGUGUCAAUGAUGACGGUUGGUAAGAGCCAAGGAAAGCUUGUUUUACUAGAUAAAUGUAGAUUAGAGCUGGGGCCAUCAGGAUAUUGUGCAUGGUCACUGGAUGAGAGCUAGCAGGUGUUUUUCACAAAGUUAUAGUUGUUUCUCUCAUUAGUUCCAAUUCAGAUUUUGGUUUCACUGUUAGUAUAUUGUUCACGUAUUUUGAUUAACCCAGAAGGGUAAACUGGCCAAUAUUAAUCAGCUCAGUAUUAUCUUUGAA